CUGAUAAAGGACUGUUUGGGUCUAAGCAUCAAUUCCAGCACAGGAGCGACAGAAUCCAAACAGGGCUCGCCUUCACAUCUUAAAAACAAAAAAAACAAAAACAAAAAAACUCUUACGGAUCUUAUUUAUUUGCCUUCGAGCAGAGCCCAGAGGGAAAAAAAGCCGUCACACUCAGGUGCGGCGCGCUCAGGUGUGGCUGAAGUCUUGCGCGCUCAUGGCAGCCAAGACGCGCUCACCGCAGCCGUCAUUGCGCGCAACAUGGAGCCGCACGCUGGAUAACAACUCCUGCAUUUUCUCGCUCUGAUCUUCCGUCACACCACGCGUACUCUAUAGCGUUUUUCUGAACAUUAAGCAUUUUGUGAGGUCGAAGAGAACAAUGAUGUUGGCUUUAGGCGGGAUUCUGGGUGCACGCCCCGCAGCCCGGGUUCACAUUCGUGGAUCCCGGGGAGUUUCAUCCAAGUCACGUCAGAGCCACAGCGCUGGUUCGAGGAUUUAUUGUGUGAGUGUUUUGUUGUUGCUGCUGGUCACCCCACGAGUGGAUUCUUCAUGGUGGUACAUUGGUGCAUUGGGUGCCCGCGUCAUCUGUGACAACAUCCCAGCGUUGGUGAAUAAGCAGCGGCAACUGUGCCAGCGCCACCCAGACAUCAUGCAGGCCAUCGGCGAGGGCACCAAAGAGUGGAUAAGAGAGUGCCAGCACCAGUUCAGACAUCAUCGCUGGAACUGCAGCACACUGGAGCGGGAUCACACAGUGUUUGGACGUGUCUUGCUGAGAAGCAGCCGUGAAGCAGCGUUUGUCUACGCCAUCUCCUCUGCCGGAGUAGUGUACGCGCUAACACGCGCCUGCAGCCAAGGGGAGCUGAAGAUGUGCAACUGUGACCCACACAAGCGAGGACGACACAAGGACGAGCGAGGAGAAUUCGAUUGGGGAGGAUGUAGUGACAAUAUCAACUAUGGGAUCAAGUUCGCCAAAGCCUUUAUAGACGCUAAAGAGAGGACUGUUCGAGAUGCACGGGCACUCAUGAACCUGCACAACAACCGCUGUGGCAGAACGGCAGUAAAGCGGUUUAUGAAGCUGGAGUGCAAAUGUCACGGCGUGAGCGGGUCAUGCACGCUACGGACAUGCUGGAUGGCCAUGUCGGACUUCAGAAAGACCGGCGACUACCUGAGGAGGAAAUACAACGGGGCCAUCGAGGUCACAAUGAACCAAGACGGCACAGGCUUCACCGUGGCCAAUAAAGCCUUCCGGAAAGCCACAAAGAACGACCUGGUCUAUUUUGAGAACUCUCCAGAUUAUUGUCUGCAGGACAAGUCAGCAGGUUCCUUGGGCACUGCAGGGCGGGUCUGCAACAAGACAUCACGCAGCACAGAUGGCUGCGAGGUCAUGUGCUGUGGGCGGGGCUAUGACACCACCAGACUCAAACAAGUCACCAAGUGCGAGUGCAAAUUCAAAUGGUGCUGCGCCGUGGAGUGCAAUGACUGCCAGGAAGAUGUGGACAUUCACACGUGCAAGGCCCCCAAACGAGCUGAAUGGUUGGACAAGACCUGAGGAGUACCAGCCCUCCUCUGAUGGACCCCCACCCCUUCCCCCUUUGCAGGCCAUCCUGCUAAAAAAAAAAUGGCAUUCUGGGAAAGUGUGUCUGAAAGUGCUGCCAUCCCCAGCCCCCAUCUCGGUUCAUCCUUGCAUGGCUUAUGUGACUGUUUGUGUUAAAAGUGCUCUAUUUCAGUGCCCAUCAGUAUAAGUAAAUACUCUUUUUAAGAACUGCCGGGACAAGAGGAUGAACAGUGAAAAAGUUGAAAAUUGGGGCUCGAAAUUCAGUCCUUUUUCUACGUUUAAAAAAUGGUCUGCUGCUUUCAUACUGCUUUAAAGAUUUUAACUGAGCUUUCAAACCAGUAUUUUAACAUCAUACAAAAAAAAUCUAUUUACAUAUACUCACAUAUGUUCCUUUGUUUUUGCGGAAGGGACAGACAAAUGUUGCUUUUAGACUUUGUGGGCUUUGACAAGUGGACGUUGAGGCUGAAAAUGUCAAAGAGAAACCCUUGCAGAGGAUGAAGGAAAACAUGACAUGGACAUUAGUUGAAUAAACGGACAGACACGUCAUUGGAACUUUGAAUGCAACUGCAAAAAGAAAUUGAAAGCUUUUGAAAGGAUUUAUUUAAACGUGAUUAUUUGUUGGUUACUUCCAUUUUUCUUUGUAUGUGAUGCCCUACUUUGACUGACACAAGGAAAUAUAGUGCUCUCCCAGCAGGCACACAACAUUGAUAUAACGUUGUUUAUACAUACAUUUCCUUUAAAACUGACUUUCAAACACCGUUGCAAAGUAGUUGUUUUGUAAAUUGAGACAAAGUUGAAUCCACCUUGUUAGUUGGGAAAUGACCACAUUUCAAUGGUCAAACCAAAGUCACAACCUGGCAAUGAAUAAACAUGACAAAAAGUA